GUCAAGCAGCACGAUAACGCUGAAGACUGCUGGAUCAUUCUAUACGAAAAAGUCUAUGACGUGACAAGUUUCCUCGAAGAACACCCUGGAGGCUCAGCUGCAGCCAGUGAUUGCAAGAUACGCAGGAAGAAACGCAACCAGCGCAUUCGACGAGGUUCAUGUGCCAUCAAUCAUCGCAAAAGGGCUAUCAACAGAACAAUUCAUGGGCAUGAUCGACCCCAGCACAAUACCCGUCGUCCCCGAGCCCGUAGUAUCGCGAACAGAUCUAUUGGAUGCAAGCUCAAAGCCCCCUUGGAGAGCCUGAUCGCUGUACACGACUUUGAAGAGGUAGCUCGUCGAUUCUUCACAGCCAAAGCCUUUGCUUUCUACUCAUCUGCUGCCUCAGAUCUGGUCUCACAUCACUUCAAUCUCAGCUGCCACAGGAAAUUAAUGCUCCGGCCAAGGGUGCUACGUAACGUCAAAGAAGUAUCUCUCAAGCGUCGAAUCCUGGGCUGCGAAACAAGUACACCAUUCUUUGUCAGCCCUGCAGCGAUGGCAAAGCUGGCUCAUCCAGAUGGCGAGUUAGCAAUUGCUCGAGCAUGUGCAAACCAAGGCAUCAUACAGAGUAUAUCCAGCAAUGCUUCUUAUGCACUUCCGGAGAUAGUCGCCGCAGGGAUGACAGGCCAGCCGUUCUUCUUCCAGCUAUACGUGAAUUCCGAUCGAUCGAAGACCGAAGCUCUACUGCGAACAGCAAAGACAGUCGGGGUGAAGGCACUUCUUGUGACCGUGGACGCACCCGUGCCUGGGAAACGAGAAGUCGACGAGCGUAUUGCAGCUGGAAACCUAGUGUCGGCAGUCAGCGGAGCUGUAGCCACUAACGAUAAGAAAGGUGGAGGUUUGGGCAGAGUCAUGGCAAAAUAUAUCGACCCAACGUUGGUUUGGGAAGACAUCGAUUGGCUGAGACAGACGUCCGGGCUCCCGAUCGUGCUGAAGGGCAUUCAGACAGCUUCGGAUGCACGAAAAGCUGUGCAACAUGGUGUUGAUGGCAUCCUCUUGAGUAAUCAUGGCGGUCGAUCGUUAGACACUACUCAACCAGCAAUGUUGACCUUACUCGAGCUACACAAACAAGCUCCUGAAGUGUUCGACUCGCUGGAAGUCCUGGUAGAUGGCGGGUUCACCAGAGGCACCGACAUACUCAAGGCAGUUGCUUUGGGAGCUUCAGGAAUCGGAAUCGCUAGACCGUUCUUGUAUUCUUUGGCAUACGGCCAAGAAGGGACCGAGCAUCUGAUUGAAGUUCUCAAAGAUGAACUAGAGGUUGCCUUGAAGCAGGUUGGCAUCACCGAUGUCAAUCAUGCCCAUCCAGGUUUGGUGAAUACAAGUUUGCUUGAGGGCAUGAUCCGAGGCGAGGAAGAACAUACUUGGAUUAAGUGGAUGCCAAAAGCAAGAUUGUAA